GCGCGCCCCAAGAAACCCCCAAAGGCUUUCGCAAUCUCGUCUACUAUCGCUUCUUCCUCAACGCUGGUUCAUGCCCCGUAUGUAUUGGUGAUGCUGCGCUUUGUAAACACCCCCCUUUCUCGUAGGCCGUCUCUGGCAUCCAGCGACAGUGACGAGGACUCGUUCACACACGACUUGGACCAGAUCGGGCGCUUCAAUCUCCCGAGCCUCCCGAGCCUCCCGUCGUUCGACUUGGCCGAUGUGCUGAACUACAUAACUCAACAGGUGCAAAACGCCACGCGUUCCAUCGACAUGGACCUGGUGCUGGGCAACUUCCCGCUGCAGGCCAGCAUGGUCAACUCGGUGAAAACGGCGUUGGCCACGCGGAUCCAGAUGCGGUCGUUUUUGUCGGACAUCAAGGGGGGCUUGACGCUCCAGGCGGCGCUUGCGCGGCUCGAGCCGAUUUCACGGCACAUCCACGAGGCCAUGGGCCUGCCGUUUGGAGAAGAGGAUGGGGACGGAGAAGGAAGUGGAGAAGGAAGUGGAAUUCGAGAUGGAGACGGGAUUCAAGAUGGAAGUGGAGAUGGAAUUCAAGAUGGAAAUGGAAAUGUAACUGGAAAUGGAAAUGGAACUGGAACUGGAACUGGAACUGGAACUGGAACUGGAAAUGUAACUGGAAAUGGAAAUGUAACUGGAACUGGAACUGGAACUGGAACUGGAACUGGAACUGGAANUGGAACUGGAACUGGAACUGGAACUGGAACUGGAACUGGAACUGGAACUGGAACUGGAACUGGAACUGGAACUGGAACUGGAACUGGAACUGGAAAUGGAAAUGUAACUGGAAAUGGAACUGGAACUGGGAAUUCUGGAGAUGGAAUUCAAAAUGCAAACGCAAAUCGAAACGCAGACCAAAACCCAAAUGCAGACGCAAACACGGCCAGCUCCGCCCCCCAAACGCGGCGCCGGCGGGACACGGAGCCGGGGGGCGUGGGUGCCGUGGUCAACAUCGAACAGCCGUUUGUCGGCGACUUGGUGCUCCCACAGACCGCCACGAUCCGCGGCGUUUUGCACCCCACGGCCACCAGGAGAAUCCGGCGGAGAGAGGCCCCCGCCCCCAUGGCCCGUAUUCUUUCGGACGGCUGCGGCAGCUCCACGGAUUUGGACUCGGUGGACGAGCUUACGCGGCAGGAGGCCGAGGUGCUCACGCGCUUGGACUCGCUCGACGACUUCUUCGACGAAGCCAUGCUCCGGCGCAAGAUCCAGCGCAUCCACGGCGCGGCGCACUUGAGCCAGCACCUGAAGAACAAGCUCGUGACGAAGUUGAUGAUGGGCAACUACUACAAGUACAUCAACGAGCGGAUGGGACUCGAGGGGGCGAGGAAGGUUUUGGAGGGGGAGGGGAAGAGUGUGGAGGGGAUGGAUGGGAGUGUCGCCAGAAAAGACGUCGGAAGUGUCGCAGGGAAUGACGUUGUGAAGACAACAGAGACGAGUGUGGAGGCAACGUCGCAGCGUGGAAGCGGCACAGACCACAUGGGCGCCGGUAACACCGAUGGAAUCAGCCCCACCGACGACACCAACAUCGACACCAACAUCGACACCAACAUCGACGACGACGAGGUCGUUCUCUCCGAACUCGACACGCUUCCCUCCUUUCACUCCGCCAACGUGUUGGGCUGCGUGCACUACCAGCGCAACUGCAAGCUCGAGUGCCCCACGUGCUUCCGGUGGUUCCCCUGCCGGUUCUGCCACGACGCCGCCGUCCCCGACCACAAGCUCUCGCGCAGCGACGUCAGGCACGUCUUGUGCAUGCGCUGCAACACGCCGCAGGUGCCCGACACCAACUACUGCGUCAACUGCGAGGAGGAGUUGGCCAACUACUUCUGCCGCAAGUGCGUGCUCUACGACAACGACACGUCCAAGGACAUCUACCACUGCGACAAGUGCGGCAUCUGCCGGCUCGGGCUCGGGCUCUCCAAGGACUACUUCCACUGCGACACGUGCAACAUCUGCCUCCUGAUCGACUUGCGGGACCACCACAAGUGCAUGUCCAACACCACCCACUGCAACUGCCCCAUCUGCAACGAGUACCUCUUCACCAGCGUCAGCAAGGUGGUGUUCAUGAAGUGCGGCCACCUGAUCCACCAGGCCUGCUACGACGAGAUGAUCAAGCACUCGUACCGCUGCCCGGUGUGCAAGAAGACCGUGGUCAACACCGACACGCAGUUCCGCAUCCUCGACCAGGAGAUCCGCCUGCUGCCCUUGCCGCCGCCCUACGACAAGUGGCGCUGCAUCAUCAGCUGCAACGACUGCAAGGGCAAGAGCAACUGCGCCUACCACAUCAUGGGGCUCAAGUGCCGCUACUGCGCCAGCUACAACACGCACCAGUUGAAGUUGAUCAAGCCGGAGGAGCCCGACGACACCCACGACCGGGCCGACAGCGGCGACGACGAGGCUGCGGCGCGGCUCACGUCCAUGCGCCUCGUCAAGACCAACUUGAGCUCCAACUUCGUGAUUGACGAGCAGACUACGGCCGCCGCGGGCGACGGCUUGGCGGCGGAGGACGCGGCGCUGGUCUACGGCGAUUCCGACUACUACGGCGACGACAAUGACGACGAUAACGACGACAUGGCCACCAUGGUGAACAUGCGCCGGCUCACCAGGGCCGUGCUCGGCGAGCACCGGGUGGACCGCACGUCGCUCCUGGCGAUAUUCCAGGACUUCAUCAACGCCUCCAUCACUGCUACUGACGACGAGGCCGAGGCCAGCGACUAGUGCUGGGCUAGCCUGUAUUUUUUUUUUUUGCGUGGCUCCUUUCGCGUCCUGCUUGCUCCUGCCUCGUCCUACUGUUGUUGGUUAAUUGGACGGCCCAAAAUCGCGGCAGCCUGCGAAGUUGGGGCCGCGGCUCGGUGCGCACUCAAGCCCUCGCGGCCAGAUCACGGGGCAGGACGCGGGAACAGAGGGCGGAAAAGCGAGGAAACAGCGGGCGGAAAAUCCCCACGACAGAGGGCGGAAAACAUCUACGAGUGGGCCCGUGGCACCCGCUCCACUUUUUCGGAAAGCCGCCGCGAUUCCAGGCCCUGACUAAAUUCACCUCGGGCUCUUACAAAUA